AUGAACGAGCGUUCGUUGCGUUCUUUGCCAGCCGGUUUCGACCUCACAGGUGAUAAGCGUGCACUAUCAUCCUUCGACACAUUGGGCGGAAUUGGUCUUGGGAAACGCACACAACUCAGCUCAAUCGACUCACUUGGAGGACUAGGUCUGGGUAAACGAGCAUUAAGCUCAUUCGAUACAUUGGGUGGAAUCGGUUUGGGGAAGCGAUCAGAAGAGACGGCGAAAAAGGCACUCAGCAGCUUCGACACGCUAGGAGGAAUCGGUCUUGGAAAACGAGAUGAUAUGUUGGCUGGAGAGAAGAAAUCUGUGAGCAGCUUUGACACUUUGGCCGGCAUUGGUCUUGGAAAGAGGUCGCGAUUGUUUUCGACGUACUACUAUAUCCCAUACCGAGACUCCUUGGAAGACAUGGACCAAAAUGUGCAAGAAUGA